CGACGAAUUCGGGACGAGCCGCCAUCCGCUUUCAACGGGGCCACGUGGACCACGUCGGGAGGCAGGAAAAAAUAUGUGCCAGCAUGUCCGAGGACGACGCGCAGGAAGCAGCCACCGAGGAGAUCGAGAGACAGGGGUCUCUCUACGUGUUUCCGGGUGCGGGUCGCCCCAGCUGCGUGACGACGUCAUCGUCGUCUUCGUCGUCGAUUUCGACGGCACCUCUCCAGCCACCUCCUUUGCCGUUCCUCCACGGUGGUUCGACCACGGCGAGCACGACAAUGACGACCAGCAUCACAACGACGACAAACACGUCAAAAAACAGCAACGGCGACGAGGACGAGGAUGCAUUAGAGGAAGUCAGCUCUCCGGCCAGGAGGAAAGCUUUUCCGAAAACCCACGCGAGAUCGGCGAGCCACGGUGGUAUCCUGGCGGAUGGUACAACCGAAUGGCAGACCUACGGGUCCUUCCUGGGUCCAUUGACGACGGUAGGAAGCGCCACAUCUGCGGGUCGACCGUCGGCAUUAAAGAAGCCGGGCCACCAGAGAGCCUUCAGUCAGGGUCAGGUGGCGGAUGUAACGCAGAACCAACCAGCCGUAACGGGACACCAUCGUGUUGGCUCCAGAACAGAUUUUAUCCUACCACCAGGCCACAGGGAGGAUGGCAGACCGCCUACUGCCGGCAGGAUGCCUUCCUUUCGCGGACAUUCCCGUCAAGCGUCCAGAUCGGAGUCUAUCUAUACGAUAAGACGUAGUGUCGCGCCUCCAUGGUGGAGAAGACUAUGGGCCUAUUGUUUUGGCCCGCUGCCAGAAGAACCCCGUUUAAGAACAAUAGUGCCGAAUCAUUUAGUCCCCCCGAAGACUCCGAAGAGACAGCAUCCCAAUGGAGAUAGAAUGGACAAUAGGGUACGCACAACGAAGUACACAGCGCUGAGCUUCCUACCUCGUAAUUUGCUAGAGCAAUUCCACCGUGUGGCCAAUCUGUACUUCAUUUUCAUCGUGCUGCUUAAUUGGGUGCCGGCUAUAAACGCGUUUGGCAAGGAGAUUGCGAUGAUCCCCGUAGUAUUCGUUCUGGGCGUCACGGCGCUUAAGGACUUCUUCGAAGAUCGCCGACGACUCGCCAGUGACCGGCGUGUGAACAAUUCCACCUGCCGUGUCUACGUUAGCGAGGGCGACAGAUACAUGAAGGUAGCGUGGAAGGAUGUCAAGGUGGGUGACCUGGUUCACCUUUCGAACAACGAACUUGUACCAGCCGAUCUCUUGCUUUUACGAAGCAGUGAUCCUCAGGGAUUAGCUUACCUUGAUACGUGCAACCUCGAUGGUGAAUCGAAUCUGAAGCAGCGCCAGGUUGUCCGGGGUUUUCUCGAUCUGCAGGAUACCUUCCAGCCUUCCAAGUUCCGAUCGGUGGUCGAAGUCGAUCAGCCAAGUACUAGAAUAUAUAGGUUUCAUGGCGCCGUGGUACACCCAAACGGCGGCAGGGUGCCCGUAUCUACGGAAAAUCUUUUACUCAGGGAAUGCGUCUUAAAAAACACCGACUUCGUCGAGGGUAUAGUCAUAUACGCCGGUCAUGAGACCAAAGCGUUACUAAACAACGGUGGUCCUAGGUACAAGCGUUCUCGUCUGGAGAGAUACAUGAACAGGGACGUAAAAUGGUGCGUGGUGAUACUGAUGGUAUUAUGUGUGAUCGGCGCUUUCGGUUGCCGAUUCUGGCUGUCCGCGUAUACGGGUUUGUCGAUGGUGCCGUUUUUGCCGGUGCUGCAGGAGCCUAUUUACGAGAGCUUACUGACGUUCCUGACAUUCGUUAUAAUAUUUCAAGUGAUGAUACCGCUGAGCCUGUACGUGACGAUCGAGAUGGCUAAGGUGGGACAGGUGUACCACAUCGGCCACGACCCGGUCCUCCACGACACGGAAACCGGCCGUAAGGCGGAAUGCCGCGCGCUGAAUAUCACGGAGGAACUAGGCCAAGUACAGUACGUCUUUUCCGACAAAACUGGCACUCUUACGGAAAACAAAAUGCUAUUUAGGAGAUGCGCAGUAGGCGGCCAGGAUUACUCGCAUAUAGGCGACAACGAGAAUCUGCUUCCGUGCUCGCGGCUUAAGGAGGACCUGCUCAUAGGUACAUUUCGACAUCGCUUACAGGAGUUUCUUAUUGUCUUAGCCACGUGUAACACGGUAGUCGUAAAUUCUCAACCGCAUCACGAUAGUAUGAACUCUAGCGGAGUCAUCGAGGAACCUCAGAAAAACGGAAGUGGCCCUACGAGAAUAAUGGAAGCAGAUGCGAGCUCAUUUCCGACUGUAAAUUCUCCACCGGUACCACUAUCUCCGAGCAACAGAACUGUUCACACCUUAUCUGCAGUCUCGCCAGUAAUUAACACGGCAAAUACGUUCGACGAUACUUCGAAAUUCCCAUUUAAAAUUUCCAGGCCAAAGUUGCUGAACGUAACAUCGAUACCGAGUCUGAGCAUCGGAUUGCUGGGACGGAAAUUUUCGCCGGAGGGACAGAAGGUUUCAGGACGCAGUCCUGACGCGAAGAACGGCGACGAAUUGCUACAGAGUCCAGCGAUCUACGAGGCGGAGAGCCCGGACGAGUUGGCACUGGUUCACGCAGCACGCGCUUACGACAUCAAGCUAGUGAAACGGACGCCCCGCAGCGCAAUCAUAUCCUUCCCGGAUAAGUCAACGGUCGCAUUCGAGAUACUUCAUGUAGGUGGUUACAAGUUGCUCGUGAGAAAUGUAAACGGCGAGGAGAACGUAAGUGGUUCACCGUUGUCAUUCUUCGAACGUUUGCAGGUAUUGCCGUUUGACUCGAACAGGAAAUGCAUGUCGGUGUUGCUCAGACAUCCUCAUACCGGCGAGAUAAUAUUAUAUAGCAAGGGUGCCGACACGACGAUACUGCCGGCGCUUUCGUCGAGCGACGAGAACACCAUCGCCUCAGCGAGUAUCCGACAGCACCUGCAAUCGUACGCACGUCAAGGUUUACGUACGUUGGUGAUAGCGAAGAAAACACUGACAGCCCAAGAGUAUGAGACGUGGAGACAGAAACACGACGAGGUGGAGUUGGCAACGGAGAAUCGCGAGCAUCGCAUACGCGACUCGUACGCGAUGUUGGAGUCGCACUUGACAUUAUUGGGUGCGACUGGUAUCGAGGAUAAACUCCAGGCCGGUGUGCCCGAAACAAUGGCCGCUUUAGUCGCCGCCGGGAUCGUCGUGUGGGUUCUGACAGGAGACAAACCAGAGACCGCAGUGAACGUGGCAUACUCGGCGCAGCUCUUCACGCCGGCCAUGCAGCUGCUGCAGCUGCAGGCGAGAUCGAAAUCCGUAGCUGAGACGCUUAUACAUGGUUACCUGGAGUCGGCGCGCAAAGAGCGCAUAAACAACAGUCAUUCGCAGCCGAGUAUGAUGGGCAUCGUGGAUCCCGCUGGCAUAUACAACCGCGAUUCCAUCGAGAGAGACGCGCAUAGGAUUGGCAGCCCGUGGCCACGACAACGUGCGCUUGUUGUAGACGGCAAGACGUUGACCGUGAUCCUAGAUCCGCGAUCGGGUUUAACCGGUCCGUUCCUCGAGCUCACGAAAAUGUGCUCUAGCGUCUUAGCCUGUCGCGCCACGCCAUUGCAAAAGGCAUACAUAGUCCGCAUCGUUAAAAAGCAAUUGGGAAUGAGGACGUUAGCAAUUGGUGAUGGCGCGAACGACGUUAGCAUGAUACAGACCGCCGACGUGGGCGUCGGUAUCUCAGGGCAAGAAGGCACGCAAGCAGUAAUGGCAGCCGAUUUCGCGAUUUCCCGAUUUUCUAUGCUGAGCAGGCUCCUCCUUCUACACGGUCACUGGUGUUACGACCGUCUCGCUAGAAUGAUUUUAUACUUCUUUUACAAGAACGCUACUUUUGUCUUCCUUAUAUUCUGGUUUCAAAUAUUUUGCGGCUUUUCUGGUGCCGUAAUGAUAGACCAAAUAUAUUUAAUGCUGUACAAUUUGCUGUUUACUUCGCUGCCGCCUCUCGCCUUAGGCAUUUACGAUCGAGUCGCUAAAGCUCGUAUAUUACUUGCAGCGCCGGAAUUAUAUACAAGGGGACGUCUAGGACUAGUGUAUCAGUCGCAUUCGUUUUGGCUCACGAUCAUGGACGCUCUUUACCAAAGUGUCGUCAUAUUUUUUAUUACCAAAGAAGUUUAUAACGAUUCGAUUAUUGACAUAUGGGAAUUUGGAACGACUAUUAUGUCAGCGUGUAUCGUCGUCAUGCUAGUUCACGCUGCUAUAGAAACUAGGUCUUGGACUAUAAUCCAUAUUGGUGCCAUCUUCGGUUCUUUGGGCAUUUUCUUCGGAUUUUGCUUAUUUUACAAUGCUGUUUGCGUCAAUUGCAUGGGCCUACCUGGGUCUUUUUGGAUAAUGGAACAGGCCUUUACACAUAUCACAUACUGGCUGACAGUGGCACUUACUUCUGUUCUUGCCUUAAUGCCUAGAUUAAUGUACAAGGCGAUACAAUCCAGUAUCGCACCAGAUGCUAUGCACGUUGUCUCGCGUCGAAUCGUCGCGAAAAGCGACGGUCAAGUUCGUCGGCAGCGUAUUAGCAGUCAAAGGGGCGAAAUUAAUUUUAUUGCUGGAUGGUCGCGUUCCUCGCAACACGCUACUAUCAGACCCAGUAGCUACGGAAGCAAAAGCAACGCUCUCACGACUAUUGUCGCAUGACAGGUACAAUCAGAUAGAGAUGAAGCGUGUCCAUCUCAUUAACCGGAAAAACCAAUCGAUCGCCGAAAAAGGGAGAAUGACUUUUCGCUGACUCGAUUCUCCUCAAAAGUCAUGCGUUCCUUCAUCGAUUAAGGGAGAAUCUUCUGACCUCCGAAAGCCUUUUGCAUUGACAAUCUUGUCUAAUAACUUAAUAAUAUUUAAUUAUUUCUAAUUAACGAUUUCCUAGCUUUCUGUAAAUUGUAGUUUUAAUGCUGUAGAUACCAGAUGAAAGCUAGUUAAUCAUGGUGCUAUUGAACGUGAAAAUUCGUGUUCGUUAAUAUCAUCAUGCAAUACAGAUUAUUAAAGAGCAUCAAAACUUCCUUCGAGAUGCAAUACGCGUCAUCGCUUGCCCGUAGGAACGUCCUCGUUACCGAUAUCGCGAUAACGCUAACAUUACAUUGCCAUUAUCGAAUUCAAGUUAUAGCGGCUGAUUUAAAAUCGAGUGGCCUUAAAUCUCAGAUCGUUCGUUGCAUUUAAUGGCUGUGAUUUCUAGGGACCAAGACUGUACGUUGUAAUUGUGCAUUGAAUCAGACAGACCGGAUUCGAGUGAAAGUCUAUACUGCGCUACUUUAAGUAAUUUCCUCUUUAUUUUUUUUCAAUCUAGAACUUCACUCGAACACGCAUCUGCAACUUCUACUUUCAAGCAGACCGUAUUCAAGAUGACCAACGUUAGAGACAGACGGACAUAUAUACUAAAUUCUAGUUUAUUCAUGUCGAAAAUAAAUGUACAAAGACGUUGUAAAAAGAAUACAAAGCAUGCAAAUGUGUAUAUAUAAGAUAU